CAGGGAGCGUGCGUGUGCCGGGCUGUGCACCAUAAGGGAAGUAGAUUGGUGGUCGGCUUUUCUGGCAGGAGGAGGAAAAAGCUGUGCUGGCAAGGGUGGGAACUGAAUGACAACCCCCCUCUGCCAAGCCACCCCCUCAUAUUUUCCAUCUACCUCCUCGCUCCUGCCCUCCCCCGCCCUCCCCAACCCACGCCCCAGUGGGCCAAUCGCUGCUCCGCAUUCCAGGCGCUUUCUCAGGUUUCUGCUGAUCUUGCAGCGCCCAGAAAUGGACCGAGCGGACCCGCCGCCGCACGCACCCUGCCCCACUCGCGGAGCUCCUAAGGGCUCCCGGCGCGCCGUGUAGCCUCGGCGAGGUCCACGCUAGGGUGCGGGAAGCGGAGGAGAUCCGAGAGCCAUGUAGAUCCAGGCUCUUGCUCGCCCGCCUCCUUCGGGAUCGAAUCAAGGGCUCCCAUAGUGUUAGGAGGGGGCGAGAGCGCUGUUUAUCGUCAUUUGCUUCGGAGCCUCGGGAGAGGGUGGCAUUUUGCUUUUCCGCCCCGCAUCCUCCGGAGCUCCCUGCACCAGCGAGAGGACGGCGUCUCUAGGUUGCUGGCAACCGGUGAGAAUGGGGGAAGGGAACGGACAUUUCCGCCGUAGCGGCUCACUCAAUCGAUUGUCCCACUGAAGGGGCGUAGGACGAGGGGGCGAGGGCGGUGACUUUGCCCCGGUGCCUCUCUGAUGCUGCCCUGGCUCCGGCCGCCGCUUCCGCCCGGGUACUGCAAAGGCGACCUGCCGCAUUCCGACUCGGGCUCUCCGCCGACUCAGCACCGCCCCUGCGCCAAGCCGGCCGGCCAGCGUCCAUCGAUCGCCCUGGUGGGAGCUUAGAAGGCGGCAGGCGAAGAGGGGUAGGAGGGGGGAGACCCGAGGAGAAGCAGAGGGGGUGGCAGGCGAGGGGAUCUGCUGAGCUGGCUCUGCACCCGGUCCUAGGAGGGCUCACCGAAGGGAGGGGAGGCCAGGGUGAACCCCGAAAUGAUGGCCCUGUCCGCUAGAACAGCACUGCAUUAAGGCAUCUCCGGCAGUAAGAAAUACCGGUCUUCCCCCCACCCCACCCCUCGACAAAAAGCUGUACCCAGGGCCGCAGGCGAGGGGGAUUCCAAACUGAGUAAAAAAGCAGUGUGGAGAGGAAAGUAAGGAGAAGCAAAGUCACAGAUCUCUCCACCUGCUGGCUUUGAAGCCCCACCCCCUGAGCGUGGGGGAGCUGUGCACUCCGGGGGGGGGGCCGCUUGGGUCCCCCCCACCCCUCCUCUCCCGCUGCUUCCCACCCCUGGCCCUCUCCUGGUCUCUCACCCCUGCGCCCUGCUUCCACCAUGACGGUGAUGUCUGGAGAGAACGUGGACGAGGCUUCGGCCGCCCCGGGCCACCCCCAGGAUGGCAGCUACCCUCGGCCGGCCGAGCAUGACGACCACGAGUGCUGCGAGCGCGUGGUGAUCAACAUCUCCGGGCUGCGCUUCGAAACGCAACUCAAGACCCUGGCGCAGUUCCCCAACACGCUGCUGGGCAACCCUAAGAAACGCAUGCGCUACUUCGACCCCCUGAGGAACGAGUACUUCUUCGACCGCAAUCGGCCCAGCUUCGACGCCAUCCUCUACUACUACCAGUCCGGGGGCCGCCUGCGGAGGCCGGUCAACGUGCCCCUGGACAUGUUCUCUGAGGAGAUCAAAUUUUAUGAGCUGGGCGAGGAGGCCAUGGAGAAGUUCCGGGAGGACGAGGGCUUCAUCAAGGAGGAGGAGCGCCCCCUGCCCGAGAAGGAAUACCAGCGCCAGGUUUGGCUGCUCUUCGAAUACCCUGAGAGCUCGGGGCCCGCCCGGGUCAUCGCCAUCGUCUCUGUCAUGGUCAUCCUCAUCUCCAUUGUCAUCUUUUGCCUGGAGACUCUCCCAGAGCUGAAGGAUGACAAGGACUUCACAGGCACCGUGCACCGCAUCGACAACACCACGGUUAUCUACAAUUCCAACAUCUUCACGGACCCCUUCUUCAUCGUGGAAACCCUGUGCAUCAUCUGGUUCUCCUUUGAGCUGGUGGUGCGCUUCUUCGCCUGCCCCAGCAAGACAGACUUCUUCAAAAACAUCAUGAACUUCAUCGACAUUGUGGCCAUCAUCCCCUAUUUCAUCACCCUAGGCACCGAGAUAGCCGAGCAGGAGGGAAACCAGAAGGGCGAGCAGGCCACUUCGCUGGCCAUCCUCAGGGUCAUCCGGUUGGUAAGGGUUUUUAGAAUCUUCAAGCUCUCCCGCCACUCUAAGGGCCUCCAGAUCCUGGGCCAGACCCUCAAAGCUAGUAUGAGAGAGCUAGGGCUGCUCAUCUUUUUCCUCUUCAUUGGGGUAAUACUGUUUUCUAGUGCAGUGUACUUUGCCGAGGCGGAAGAAGCUGAGUCGCACUUCUCCAGCAUCCCCGAUGCUUUCUGGUGGGCGGUGGUGUCCAUGACCACUGUAGGAUACGGUGACAUGUACCCUGUGACAAUUGGAGGCAAGAUCGUGGGCUCCUUGUGUGCCAUCGCUGGUGUGCUGACAAUUGCCCUGCCCGUACCUGUCAUUGUGUCCAAUUUCAACUAUUUCUACCACCGAGAAACUGAGGGGGAAGAGCAGGCUCAGUUGCUCCACGUUAGUUCCCCUAAUCUAGCCUCUGACAGUGACCUCAGUCGGCGCAGUUCCUCUACUAUCAGCAAAUCUGAGUACAUGGAGAUCGAAGAGGAUAUGAAUAAUAGCAUAGCCCAUUACAGACAGGCCGAUAUCAGGACUGGCAAUUGCACCACAGCUAACCAAAACUGCAUUAAUAAGAGCAAGCUACUGACCGAUGUUUAAAAAGCCAAGCAAGCAAACAAAAAAAGCCCCUCUUAGAAGCUUGAAAGACUUAAAAAACAAAAAACGAAAACAAAACAAAAACCCUAGUGACUCAUGUCACUGUCUGUAGAUACUUUACUAAAUAGUUUCUGAAUGCUCUAUUUAACUGUCAAUGCAUUGUUGCAUUGCGGAUUUUGGGGAUGGCUAACCAGAAGCUUUCAAGAUUCAGGAAAAAAGAAACUAUUUUCAUUUUAUUAAAAAAUGGGAAAAGAAAGUGUAUUUUCUAAAACUGGUUUAAAAUAAUUCAGUCCAUGAGCUAGUCUAGGAAAACUAAGAUUCAUAUGCUUCCCCAUACUGAGACAUUUUUAAUCCUUUGGCUUCUUUAAUUUUUUUAACUAAAAACCAGACGAUCACUUAGAAAUUAAAAUUAAAAUUUGCAUGGGACUCCAUUAUAAAACUUUUGCAAACUGCACAGCACAUUUAAGACAGUGCAUCUGAUGUAUUAUAUGUAACAUGAUAUACCAACCAAAAUGGGCAAUGAACAAAUGUUUUUAUUUUGAUCAACUGAACUGUAUAUGACAAGGUGAACACACACACACACACACACACACA